AUGUUUCGCCCAUCCCAGAAUCUCCUCUUCCGGCCGAUGCCAGCUCUGAACAAGCUCAAGAUACACCAACCACUUCCGUUAAACCCCCGCGAAUCUCAACAACUGCUCAAUAUCCUCACAACCUCGUUCCGACAACAUCUCGACCGCGAACAUCCUCCGUUCAGAAGCGAUAAUGCCUCGUGGGCUACAAGAUUGGGUGUUGAAGGCAAAAUACAUACACAGAGCUCCACCGUACCAAGAAGACGACGUAACUCGGAUCAUACGGCACAUCCUACAGACCAGCACAUGCACUCUCUCCUGACGAAUCCGCUGUUCAGUGUGUCACCUGGGGUGAAAGGAGGCAAGAGGAUUGCGGACCCCAUGAAUAUAUUCGACCAGGCAGUGGCAAAGGGCAUGAUGAGUAUCAGCUAUGCUUAUACAUGUCUUGCUGGGGUGAAGCGAAAAAUUAUACAAUCACCGGUGUUAGAGGUAAGAGACGGGAUGCAAGAGUCUGGCGCUGGCUUGAAGGUGUUGAAGUGGUUGCUAUCAAGCGGUACCGCGAACGACAAUGAGUUUUUGAAGCAUAAAGCGUUUGGUGAAUUGCUCAUGCAAUUCUUGGUUGCAGAAGGCUUGCAGGAAGCUACUUGGACCUGGAUAAAAAGAGCCCUCGAUGGUCGACCGGCCAUCGACAAGCUAAAAGGCUCGUCGAGGCUUGAGGCACGUGAGGACGCAAUCAGGCCAUUGAUGCUACUAUUGAGAGCAGAAGCAAUGGAGCCCAACAUCUCCUUGGAUAACGCUUAUAUCUGCCUAUCCAGAGCUGCCGGGUACUUCAAGUCUUUGUCAAUUGUUGAGAGGAGACCCUUCCUGGGCCCUCCUGGUCUAUUCCUUGUACAUCAGACUAUCUUUGGCACUCACGGACCGUCAAGCGAAUCGAGUUUUGAAUCUUUCCUCGGUUUGGUUCCACUUAUCUCCAAGGACAGCGAUUUCUUUUCCGCCCAUCUGAACAUCCUUCAUCCCACGAAACCAACGCCGGAUUUUGCGUUGAAUUAUCUAUCGAAACAUAUGGAGCCAACCCCUGACCCGCUUCGGAAGAUUGACGGCAUAACAGAAGCCAGGCAAAGUCGUUCUCGGAUACAACUUUGUCUCGACACAGCAAAGCUCUGCCUCGAGACCAAUCGCUUCAGAGAAGCGCAUUGGGUUAUGGACCUCCUACGUACCAACUAUCCAAGACAACUCGGUGUCAAGGAGGGGGGUAGACAGUUGGAGCAGGCAAGAGCGGAGGCGUCGAGCCUAGAGCUAUUGGAAAGACUCAGCCUAGCAUAA